AGCAGAGGCUCGUGCCGCCACCGCCAGCCGCAACAAGGAAGGAACCAGGAACACAAUGCCCAAGUCCAAGCGCAACCGCCCAGUGACCUUAUCGAAGACCAAGAAGAAGCCAGGUUUGGAGCGCAAGGGCAAAGUAGUCGCCGAGAUAAAAGAUGCCGUGGACAAGUACAGCAGCGCCUAUGUUUUUACCUACGAUAACAUGAGGAAUCAGAAGCUCAAGGACCUCAGGGAGCAGCUCAAGUCUUCUAGCAGGAUAUUUCUCGCUGGGAAGAAGGUUAUGCAGAUAGCGCUGGGGCGUUCAGCUGCUGAUGAAGCUAAGACAGGCCUCCACAAACUUUCAAAGUUCCUUCAAGGCAACUCUGGUCUGUUAUUCACCAAUCUUCCAAGGGAUGAUGUUGAGAGGAUGUUUCGAGAAUUUGAGGAGCAUGAUUUUGCAAGGACAGGAAGUACUGCGGCAGAUACGGUUGAGCUUAAGGAAGGCCCUCUGGAACAGUUCACACAUGAGAUGGAGCCAUUUCUACGCAAGCAAGGACUUCCAGUUCGCUUGAACAAAGGUGUCGUAGAGUUAGUUGCAGACCAUGUAGUUUGUGAGGAAGGAAAGCCCCUUUCGCCAGAAGCAGCACAGAUUCUGCGGCUGCUUGGGAUACAGAUGGCGACAUUCCGUCUAUACCUUGUAUGUCGCUGGUCGAGCGAUGAAUUUGAAGCUUACAAAGAAGGCUUGAUGCACCUAGGAGCUGAUGAUUCCUCUUAAGCUUGUGUUUCGUGUAUACACAACACAAAGGGAGCACUUGCUGUCUUGGCUGGGUUGGAAACUAGAAAGAUGCUGUCUGCAGAAAAAUUUUGCUAGUGUAUUUCUGAGAUUCAGUGGGGGGUUUUGUAUGUGCGACGCGGUGCUGAACCUAAAGAAACUGUUUGGAUUCAGGUUUCUGAGUUGGGUUUACUUGUUCAAACUGAAUGUAGCUCAGUGGCAAAUGGCAAAUCUGUACCUCGUGCAA